AAUCUUCCUUCUUCCCUCUUUCCCAAAACUCAGCCAAACUCUCCUAAUUCUUUCAUCUCCAUAAUCGCCAUGCCUUGCCUUUACAUCUCCACCAAUGUCAACUUGGCCGGAGCCGACUCCACCGCCAUCUUUUCCGCCACUACCACCGCCGUCUCCUCCAUUAUCGGCAAACCUGAAAAUUAUGUAAUGGUGUUGCUAAAAGGGUCGGUGCCGAUAUCGUUUGGAGGGAACGGGGAACCGGCAGCGUUCGCAGAGGUGGUGUCAAUGGGAGGAAUAAACUCAGAAGUAAAGAGGAGGUUGAUCUCUACCCUCGGAAGCAUUUUGAAUGAAAAACUUUCAGUUCCGCCGGCGAGAUUCUUCCUUAAAGUCCACGACACGACGGCUGGUCGCCCCAUUUCCAAAUUAUGAUUCCCCGACGGCUGCCUUUUUCACCUCUUCCAACUUUCAUAUUUUUUCAUCUUUAUAAUUAUAUUUAUUUGGUCU